UCUCGUGUGUUACCGUUGACGCCAGUGUAGUUGUCAGUAGUGUACUGUUAACAGUUCUCGUGUGUGUGAAGUGUCUUGCUUUUGGUUUUACCAGGAUGUAUUGAUAUUAUCUGGUGUGAACACUGUUCAUGGUGUCCCGGAAGUAUUGACCAUUGAGUGACCACAAGGCCUUGUCCUGUGUGUGACACUUGGCCACAUUCACAGUGUGUCCUGGUGUGAUGUGAUACGUGAUUAAAGACAAACUUUCCUCAACAACUCUCCAGCCUACAGCUUCUGGUAAACCAGCGAGGGUUAAGCUUUUGUUAAAGCAAGCAGCAAAAAGCGCUCAGUUAAAGAGGGAGUUUAGAGCUGGUGGCACUUCAGACAUCCUCAGGUUAUCAUCGUCUACCAAAAAGAGUGAAAACAUUGUUAAGAGCAACAGCAGUAUCUGAUGAGUACAGCAGCUGUAGCAAGACCAGGCGACAGAGCAGUGCCUGAGAACAGCAGCAGCAUCACAGGAAGAAGCUGCACAUCCAUAAGUACUAUACAGCAGCAGCAGUUGUGGCCAGAGCCAAAGAUGAGUCAACACCACCACAAUGGCCACAGGAAACAACACAACAAGAAAGUCAGGAUUAACAGGGCAAGGAAGAGGCAGAGUUUGGUGACGACUUCUGCUGUGUUGCGGCUGUUUAUUGUGAUGGCUGCUACGGUGUCUCUUGUCCUCACCCUGGCUCUCCCGGCCCCUGCUGACACCCUGCCUCUGCAGGCCCCUGCUGACACUCUGGCUCUCCCGGUCCCUGCUGAUACCCUGCCGCUCCCGGCACCUGUUGAUACCCUGCCUCUCCCGGCACCUGUUGAUACUCUGCCUCUCCCGGCCCCUGCUGACACCCUGCCUCUCCAGGUCCCUGCUGAUACCCUGCCUCUUCCGGCACCUGCUGACACCCUGCCUCUCCCGGCCCCUGCUGACACCCUGCCUCUCCAGGCCCCUGCUGAUACCCUGCCUCUCCCGGCCCCUGCUGACACCCUGCCUCUCCCGGCACCUGCUGACACCCUGCCUCUCCAGGCCCUUGCUGACACCGUGCUUGUUAAUAUGGUGCCUGAUGGCACAGUACCUGCUGACAUGGUGACUGUUGACAUGGAGUUAGUUGACAUGAUUCCUACUAACACUCUGCCUGUUGGCACGGUGCAUGCUGAUAUCCUGCCGGUUGAAAAGUUAUCUGCUGGCACUCUGCCUGCUGACAUGGUACCUGCUGAUCCAUCAUCUGGUGACUCAUCACCUGCUGAUCCAUCAUCUGAUGACUCAUCGCCUGCUGAUCCAUCACCUGAUGACCCAUCGCCUGCUGAUCCAUCAUCUGGUGACUCAUCACCUGCUGAUCCAUCAUCUGCUAACCUAUCACCGGCUGAUUCAUCACCUGCUGACCUGACAACUGCCUACCUGUUUCCAUCUACUCUGUCCUCAACUUAUCCAACUCGUCAAGGUAUGUGUUAUCAUGUUAUGAACAAGGCUGUUCUUCAUAAUUUAAAAUAA